AUGGUUGCCGUUGGCUUCUGGUCGAGCUUUUGUUGGCGGUAUGGUGUGUCUUUGGAUAGUUUUGUUGCUGCUUUUGUUUCUAGGUAUGGUGUGUCUUUCACUUAUUUCUCGGCUUUGAAGAUUCGAUGGAUGGGUUUUGGUCCGUCGCUUGAGAUUCUAGAUCGGUUGGUCAGGAUUAGUUUGUGGUUCGGUGUGGCGAGUGAAGUUAAGAUUGUGGUUUGGUUGUGGUCCGGGCUCGUGGUAGUAGCUCGUGAUGAAGUAUGCGGCGGACUUAUAGAUUGGUGGUUUCGCUGGUCCUUUACUCGCGAGAUCCGCGGAGGCUUGGAUUAA